AUGGACGGAAGCUUCAUAUCGGCUACAGGUAUGGCAGGAGGUGGGAUGAUCCUCCGGGACACUCAGGGAAACAUCAUAUUUAGCGCUUGUCGUGAACUCCGUACAUGUGGUAACGCGCUGGGGGCCGAGCUCGCGGCGUGUAGGGAGGGGCUGGAGCUAGCCCUUCACCGGAUGACGCUGCCAAUUUCAGUAGAACUAGAUAGUUCCGAGGCAGUGUCGUUGAUCAUAGCAAAAUCCGAUGAUAGAUCAGUACAUCGCUUUGUGAUCCAGGAGAUUAAAAGCUUGGCCUCAACUAAGGAUAGGGAGAUUUCUUUUACUCUUUGUCGUCGUUCGCAGAAUAAGGUUAGCCAUGAACAUGCCGCUUAUGACCGUAGUACCCUCCGAACCGCAGUGUGGUUGUACUCGGGGUUAGACUUUAUUGUAAACUUGGUUGUGGCUGAGAGGCCCCCGUGA